GCGGGCGCCGAGGGCCGGUAGGAUGGGGAGUAAAUAACCCGAUCAAGGUCUCUCCGCGGCUAAAGUCCUCCCCGACCCCGCCGAGAGCCUCGGCCCGCUUCCUGCCGCCUCCGGCCUCGACGGGCCCGCCGGGACCCCCGAAGCCUCUGCGGCCGGCGGUCACCCUCCUCUGCGCCUCCGAGCCCGGGAGAGACAGAAGCAGCUGGAGAGAGAGAGAGAUAAAGACGGAGAGAGAUAAAGAGAGAGGAAGGACCUCCCGGGGGCUGCUGGGGUCUCGCUAGAGGUUUGGGAGGCCCCCAGGCUGUGGCCUUUUCUAAUUUUUUACGGCAACCACAGCCGGUGACCCGCGUCUCCCCAGAUGACUCCCGAGGGUCCACGGAGAGCGGCCCCGCUCCCCCACGUUCGACGGUCGGCCCUCCUCUUCCUGCUGCUGACGGCCGCCGCGGCGGCCGCCCCCCGCCCGGCCGCGUCCCGGGAGGCGAGACGGGACACCCGCAUGAGGGAAGAGGAGAACAGGCUGCGGGUCGGAGGGGCGCUGCCCCUCACGGCCCGCGAGGCCGAGGCCAACGAGAGGCUCGUGGCCAUCAAGGAGGCCGAGUGGGCCUGUUGGAGCGAGAACGCCGCGUUCCCGCCCAGCCUCCACUUCUUCCGGGCCAAGCGGUUCAUCGACGCCAGCCACGUGUUCCGGGUGUUGAAGGACAUGCCCAAAGGGGGCGCGCUGCACGUCCACAACCCGGCCAUCCGGACCGUCCAGUGGCUGCUCGAGGUCACCUACAGGCCGCACUGCUAUGCCUGCUUCACCCCGGCGGGCCACCUACGGUUCAGGUUUGCCCACCCGGGCCCACCGGCCCCUCCGACCGAAGCCUGUUCCGACUGGGUGCUGCUGGCCAGGUUCCGGGAGCAGCUGCAGAACGUCACGGAGUUUGACGAGGGCGUGCUGCGCAACAUGACGCUGGAGACGGAAGAGCCGGAGAAGGCGUACCCCGAUCAGGCCGUGGUCUGGGAGAGGUUCAACGGCAUCUUCCGCACGCUGUCGGGCCUGGUGCGCUACGCCCCCGUGUUCCGAGAAUAUUUCGCCGGGGCCCUGAAGGAAUUCUAUGACGACAACGUCCAGUACAUGGAGCUCAGGACAAUGCUGACCCCUAUCUACGAGCUGGACGGACAGGACCACGACGAAGAGUGGUUGUUGCAGAUCUACCAGAAUAUCACCCAGGAGUUCAUCGAGGAUCACCCCGACUUCAUCGGAUUCAAGAUCAUCGUAACGAAACAGCGGACUCACAGCGUAGAGAAGAUAAACGCGUCGCUUCAGAGCACCAUGGACCUCUGGGCCAAGUUUCCAGACCUCGUCGCGGGCUUCGACCUGGUGGGUCAGGAGGACAAAGGUCAAGCCCUGUGGGAGCUGAAGGACGUGUUGACCCCCCGGUCCUCCGGAGGCUUCACGCUGCCAUAUUUCUUCCACGCUGGCGAGACCAACUGGCACGGCACGGACGUGGACGAGAACCUCUUGGACGCGCUGCAUCUGAACACCAGCCGGAUCGGGCACGGGUUCGCGUUGGCCCGCCAUCCCGUGGCGCAGAAGGAGGCCCUGAGGCGGGACGUCCCCGUCGAAGUCUGCCCCAUCUCCAACCAGGUCCUGAAGCUCGUGUCCGACAUGAGGAACCACCCCGCGGCCUCUCUGAUGGCCGCCGGCCAGCCCAUGGUCAUCAGCUCCGACGACCCGGCCCUGUUCGGGGCCCGGGGCCUGUCCUACGACUUUUACGAGGCCUUCAUGGGCAUCGGCGGGGGGAGAGCCGACCUCAGGACCCUCAAACAGCUGGCGCUCAACUCCCUCAAGUACAGCGCCCUGCUGCCCGAGGAGAGAGCCAAUGCCCAGCGGCUGUGGCAGAAGAAAUGGGAUCAUUUCGUCGAGGUCUUGGCCAACGACACAGAGAUCCCCGACUGCCUCGACUGACCCUCCGUGGACCGGGGUCCCGUCCCCCCGGGCCGGACCCUGGCGCGGAAAGACCUCCGGCCUUCCUCGCGAAGCCCCUCGGCCCGGGGUUCGGCCCGAUGCCCUCAGGAGGGCAGAGAGGGGCGGGGGCGGGCCGCGCCGAAAUAUUCCUCCUCAUCGUG